AUCCUCUCUUUCAACCACCAAGUUUGAUGUCUAGUGCAUCACGUGUCAUGGUGACCAUGCCCACCCGAGCUCACCCUCACCAUGGCCAGGAUUCCUCGGAGGUUGUCUCGGCCGUGUGGUGCCAGUUCCCUACUCCUCGCAGAACUCCCAGCAGGAGUGAAGAUUCAAGCUGAAGUGGUGACUGAAGAGGAAUCUACUCCAGUGGCUGCUGAUCAAGUGGAGGAGCCAUCUAACUAGGUAGCUUGUAGAGGGAUCUAGACCUCUUCACUGCAACAAAGGCAAGCCCCAGUGCAUGCAACCCCUUUCUUGUAUUUUUAAAAGACUUCUAUGCACUUUAAGUCUAGUGAAAUGUGCAUUAAGUUCAUAGGAGUUUCUUGGAAACUAUUUGAUACAUUGACUACCUUGAUAUCCAUUCCUGUUAUAGAUACUUCUUUGGAAGUAUCAUUGUUUACA